UUCCCAUCAACCAUGACCAAAAUCUUCAAUGACAACAACGUAUUCCUGUUCCAAAAAUGGAUGAGAGAGGACGAUUACUGCCCAAGAGCUAUAGGAAGGCAGAAGAAAAACGAGUUUUGUAUUGACUAUUACCCAAAAUCUUCAUAACCGAUCAUGCCCAAAUUGGUGAAGAAAGCUCCGAAGACAAGUCUUUGCCAGAAUAGAGAAAGAUAUAAGCCUAAUGAGGGGAUAACAGAGAAGGAGAUUCAUGAUUUUUUAAUACCUGUAUGUAAAAUGAAUGUCAAACCUGAACCUUGUUUGCAACUUCCUAGUGGGAGAUUUCUAGGGAAGUUUAAUCUUAACUCACCUGCUUGAAAAUAAAUUUGGGGGAAGUGAGGAUACUAAAAAGAAGCUUCAAUCAAAGCUGAGAGAAGCUAGUAGGGUUUCAAAAAUAUAAGAAAGAUUAAAAAGAUAAUCUCUCAUAAAAGUAGCAUUGCAAGACAAGAGUCUGGUCAUAGUGCUUAUUUAUCUAUAAAUAAUCGAUAUUCCAAGAGUGCCAUGAAAUAUCCUCAGAAAGUCAACUUUACUAGCUUAAAGUCUUAUAACAAAUAAAAUACAUGAGAAUCUACGAAAGAUUUUGCGUUCUCAACCAUGAUCUCCUUGAAACAAGAGUCCUCGGAAGCAAAGUGGAAGUUCAUUGUUAAAAUAAGGUUAAGCUUGUCAAAUACGACCAAGAACUUGGUCAGAGUUUCUACUGAGAAACUCACAAGUACAAUCUUGCGAGGAAGAUGAAGUCGUUAAAUUCUUCCAGAGACUCAGAGGCUUCUGCAUCAAAAUCCAAAUCAAGGCUAAUAGAAAAGUCUAUAUCUGUGAUUCAAAGGUCAGAUUAUAAAUCUAGGGACCAAAGAAGAUUGAGGUUGACCUCUUUAAAUAGCUUCAUGAGCUCUGAUUCUUCUUUUCAGGAGCCAGGUCUCUUAUCUCAGAAGGUUCUCUCCUCUAGACUAUUCCAGAAUGGGAGGAAAUUCAAUAUGAGCAUCUCCAAGAUGCAAGCAAUAGUUAGAGAGAAGCCUUUGAAAUAUGUUUAA